CUGUAAAUUUCACAGGGAAGUCAGGACGACUUCAGACAGCCUAACGUCCGAAAAAGCUAAACAUAUAAAGCACGAAACAGAUAUCGACUAACAGGUUGAACUCAAAAGGUUUUUGGCCGUAUAUUACUUUCUUGAAAUCGACAACAGCGCCAUGGCGUCUUUAAAUGCUGUGAUGGAUUCAGUGAAGACGAUGAUAACCCCAGAGGUUUCUGUGAUGGAUACAGUGAAGGCGAUGAUACCCCCAGAGGUUACGAACGACGGGAAGACUGAGCCAAAAAUGGAGUUGAUUUCAGUACAGAUUGAGCAGGAGGACCAGGCCAAGCGAAAACAGACGUUCAUGGAUGAUAACUGUUGGUGUAACAACAUAGUGCUCCACCCCUUUAUUGCCAUUGAUGAAAAGUUCACACGCAAGGCUCAUCUAAUCUCCGGGUAUGGUAUUCUUCUGACAGUCGGCCGCUGGAUAUUUGGCAUGUGGGCGGUUGUUACCCUCCCAGCUAUAUGCUGCUUCAGCGGGAUCUACUGCCUCAUGAAGGCGGCGAAGGAGACUUCAUUCUGGAGCGUGGUCAUCUAUAUCCACAACAAACCCGUGGUACUAUCUGACAAGGGCUUCCACAGAUACCAUAUGUACCUGCUGAUAGACUUCCUCGUUACUGUUGUCCUUCUUGGUACCGUGAUUGGUCUAGAGGCGGGGAUCGGAUUCAAUUCGCCGGACAAGUGCAGGUCGAGUGCUUGGUUUUUUGCUCUGUUCAUGAUGUCACUGGACACCUUCAUACCACAACUGUGUGCUUGGGUCUAUUUUGAACUACGAGAUAAGUGUGGAUGGCUGUCAUGUUUGAUGGGUGGAUAGCAUUGUUUGAAUUGCUCGAGCCAACGGAGUUCGACUGUAUAAACGUUUAUGCGUUUAACUUAAACUUGUAUAUGUAAAAAUACGUUUACCUAACAGUUUAUGCACCAUUAUGUUGAUAGUGAACUGAGACAACUUUGAAUGAGACGAUUAUAUUUCAUCAGUCUUAUUUAUCAGUUUUAAGCAUUCAAACCAUAUAACCUCUCAAACCCAACUAUUAUAAACCCUAUUUUUGUGUAUUUUUUCUUGUCUUUAUUUUCUACGAAUGUGUAGUUAACGGAAUCUGAGCACCCUUCUCUCGCUAAAGAAGAUAUACCAAGCCUGAAAUACUUGUUUAAAUGUGCAUUAGAAUUUAUGCGAUAAAAACUGCAUUUAUGCAUAAAAUAUGCACACUGGUCAAAUGACUCAAAUUCAAGCUACUACCGAACGUGUUGAACAAAAGGGUUUGUUUUGGAGUAUUUGACCACACGGCCACGGAGUCUCUUCAGACAGUAAUGCUAUUUAACAAUAUUUGAGUGUAAUAUGCGAACUCCUGCCUCAUACACAUUCAUUAAAACAAGAUUUUGUCAGUCAAUAUUGUCCCAUGUAUUAAGUGUAACGGAAAAAGUACCGUGGGUGCCGACGAUCGUACGUAUGUAUAUAAACAAUACGAUUGGUCAAUGAUUAACGGUCAUGUUUAACCGUUUUUUAUUCAACAUUAUUUCUGUUGUUUAUUAUUUCGUCUAUUUUUUCUGAUAAAUAUUCAAUCAGUAAGUGCAAUGCAAUACAAUUUAUCAAUGAUAAAGGGUUAUGUUUAGGGAGUUUCGACUGUAUUUAGUUUUAAAUCUUGUAUGAGUUGAUUAUCAAUUAUUUUUGUUUGAU